UCUUCUUUACAAUGGAUUGCUUAGCUUCACCACCCUCGCCGCCAAAUACAAGAAUGCACUGGUCUACAACUCAUGCUGACGAUAGGGUGGAUGAAGCUGUUGAACAGCUGUUACGUCUCUACAAUACCCGUGACUCCGCUUUACCACGACCUUCACACCAUCAUAGAACUAUUUCAGUUGACCUUGGCAAUGCUCACCGUCGCAGCACCCACCGUGCUUCAACGUCCUGGCUUAGUGCAAACGCAGGGUUCGAACAAGAGAUUUACCGCGUCAAGGAGACCACGACUACCAAAGUGGCAACAAAAAAUAACAACAUAGACUACACUCCCCCUGCAUCACCAAAGCACUCUCCUAAACCAAGACGAAUGGUCACGUUUGAAGACCAAGUUGUCAAAGACACCGCAUUGCCAACUCCUCCUGCUUCACCUGUAUGUGAAGAAAAAAUGGUUUCGCGCGACCAUGCUGCGCACAGACAAAAUCGGUUUUUCGCCUUGCUGCAUGUAGAAAAGCCGAAACUACUCUCCAAGCGAUCGCGGUAGAUGGUAUGCGCCUGCCCAUCCACCAUGUUAUUCCCACUUCAUACCUCUUUGUACACAUUUUUCUGUCUAUUCCCUUCGUUACCAACCCGUAUUUCUUUGUCAACAUUCCCCGAACAAAGUUCAUACUAGGAAUGGUUGUGAUGUUUUUCUUUCUUUACCCAAAAAUACAUGUCUGUAAAUAUUUUAACGCAA